UUUUUUUACCAAAAAACCGGAAAAAAUUUAUGUAUACACCUGUACAUGUAAAAUGCAUUUCUUGGUACAAGCAAAAUUAUCUAAAUUGGAUGACAAUCAAUUUGAGAGCAAAGCCAAAAUUGUGAAGCCGUGGUGUCCAGAUCACGAAUUACUUUGAGAAGAUUUUUCUGCGGUGUGUCCAUUUAAUAAACAAUUUUUUUAUCAAAUGAUUAAUAAGACACCGUACAACUUGAAAAAACUUGAAUAAUGCAAAUAUGGCGAUUGCACAAUGCUUUUUCUUGAGUGUAAUUUUGCUUUAGCCGCAAAAUAUUGGAAUACAUAAUGCAACCAAUGAAGAAAUCAAGGCCUUUUGCUAUAUGUAGAGAUGUUACGGAUAUUUUCUCGGAAUACAGGAUGAUUACGUAUUUAGCGCUAAUAAAAAUUACAGUAUUUUAUAGAUUUAGCUCUUCUUGAAACUUAUAUUUAUGUAAUCUUAAUGGUCUAAUAAUACGUAACAUGUAUGCGCUGUGCGCCGUUUAAAUUUCAUGAGUUUAACUUCUUCUUUAUGUGUUUACACUCUAAGUAUUAAUUACAUAUCUAUUUAUUGAGACACUCAUAUUUGUUUUGCUCUUGAUUAACCUAUUAACAAUUUAAUAUUUUGUUUGUAUAAAACGUGAGACUUUAUAUUUUAUAUUUAUGUAAUUUCUUCAGGUACAACUUCUGCCGUGGCAAUCUCGAGGAAAUAAAGCACCGUACUCGAGAUUUAUAUGAAUUGAUGUCGAGUAAUUUUAAUAAUAUUACACCAAAAUGGGAACACAUGACGAGAUGUUUCAUCGAAUCAUUCAAUUAUUAUCCUUCGCUCUAUAUGUCUUACAAGAUGGUGAUAAUAUUCGCCAUGGAUGCGAUAAAUAUAAGCAUGCCGCAUUUGUAUGCGUCAAUGAGUUACGCAGAAUGGAUUACUUAUAAAAUCUCCAGGAAACAAGAAAAAUAUGAAAUAAAUAAUUUUUCAGACGAUUCAGAUGAAUCAUCUGAAACUGAUGGAUCUUCUUAAAAUCUAAAAGAUAAGAAUAACAAGAAGUCCAACAGCUAGAGAUCCGCGAAGCCCACACAGUUAAGGUCCGUCUACAAUGGAGAGUUUUAGGCUGUAACAAUAGGUUGCAAUGUCUGAAGAACCAUUUGACGAAAAUAUGAUUGACGAGAUAGAGAACGAUGAUGAUGAUGAACAAGAUACAUUACUAAAGCAGGAAUUGAUCGCUUUUGUCAAGGCAAAUUCCGCUUUAUAUACAAAAAACUGGAAAGAAUAUGCUGGCAAAGAUUCUUGUAAAGAUCUAGCUUGGGAGAAUAUUGGUUUUAACUUGUCGAAACAAAUGUCAGAUGCCGCUAAAAUGUGGUACAGUAUUUGCCAGCGAUUUAAUAAGAAAAAACAAAAAGUUGUAGCAUCUCUGAAAGGAAGAUCUGGGCAAGAAACAAAGCCUUUAUAUGUACCAAAAUGGCAAUAUUACAAUCUUUGUUUAUUCUUAGUGGAUCACAUUACGCCUCGAAGGACUACCAGUAAUUACAGCUCAAACAAAAUGAAAAAGAUCAUUGAAGAAACUUCCUCUUCUCCAAUAUUUAUUUUACCUUUGUCAUUACCAUCACCUUCAUUAUCAGCAAGAUCAACACCGUCUCCACAAGCAGUAUCUCCUCAAAUAUUGUCUGCACAAGUACUAUCUCCACGAGCACUGUCUUCACAAGUAACUUCUCCACGAUUACUAUCUUCACAAAUAGUGUGUUCACAAGUACUGUCUCCACGAGCACCGUCUUCGCAAGUACUGUUUCCACAAGGACUGUUUCCACGAGCAACGUCUCCUCAAAUACUGUCUGUACAAGCACCAUAUUCACGAACACCAUCUCCACAAGUACCAUCUUCAUAAGCAUCAUCUCCACAAGCAUCAGUGCUUUUGUCUUCAUCUAGUAUGUAGUCUACGAGUGAUUUAGAAUCAGUAAUUAGCGUGCAUCAGCAUACUCGACUGAGGAAAAUAAAGAAAAUGAAGCUUUACAUGCUCCCACAUCUUCAUCCAGUAGCCUUAAUGUGGAGAAAUGCUCUGCAUCCAAGGACGUGUUAAAAA